AUGGAUGGUGCAGUUCUCUCUUGUUUCUUCUGUAAAGUCUCAGAAACCCAUGUUCCUAUUCGGUUUACUGAAUCACAGAAGACUUCAAUCAAAAGAAACCAUCAGGAUGAAGUUAGAUUCAGUUUGAUGGAUCCAUCAAGAACCAGGAUUUACCUUAGAAAACCAUUCAAGAAAUCCAAUGAUCCUCAGGGAACAAAACCUUUUAAUGACCCUGAUGAUUCAAAUUCAACCUCUAUGGAAACAGAUCAUGAAAAUGGUGAAGAUGAAGUAGAAAAAGAAGAAGACAAUCCUGAGUGGGACCCAGAUGAGAUUGAAACAAUCACCUCACUAUUUAGAGGAAGAAUCCCUCAAAAACCCGGAAAAAAAGCUAGAGAAAGACCUCUUCCUCUCCCACUUCCAUAUAAGCAACAACCAUUAGGACUUCCCACUUCAAAGAAAUUUGCAAAAACCAUAAACUCAUCAAGAAAAUCUUUAUCUAGCAAACUAUACAAAGAUCCAACAUUCUUAAUUACUCUAGCCAAAGAAAUCAAAAACCUUCCUCCUGAAAAAGACGUUUCCACAGUUUUAAACAAUUACACUCGAUUUCUUCGCAAAAGCUCAUUGUCAUUAACAGUAAGAGAAUUAGGGCACAUGGGUUUACCCGAAAGAGCUUUACAAAUCUUCUGUUGGGUCCAAAAACAGCCUCAUUUAUACCCAGAUGACACGCUUCUUGCUUCAACAGUUGAAGUCCUUGCAAGAAACCAUGAGUUAAAACUCUCUUUCAAGCUAGAAAAAUUCCUAAGCCUAUCAAGCCAGAAUGUGUAUGAAGCAGUUGUGAAGGGUUUCAUAAGAAGUGGAAGCUUAAAACUUGCAUACAAACUCGUUUCAGCUGCCAAAAAUGGGAAGAUAAUGGUGGACACUGGUAUUUAUGCAAAGCUGAUUUUGGAACUAGGAAAAAGCCCAGAUAAUUAUGUACAUAUUAUGGCUUUACUUGAAGAGCUUGGAGAAAGACAGGAUUUGAAUCUAACACAGCAAGAUUGUACAGCUAUCAUGAAAGUUUGCAUAAAGUUAGGAAAAUUUGAGAUUGUUGAAGGUUUAUAUAAUUGGUUUAAAGACUCGGGUUGUGAACCAAGUGUAGUGAUGUACACCACUGUUGUACAUAGUCGUUAUUGUAGUAAUUGUUAUAGAGAGGCUUUGGCUUUGGUGUGGGAAAUGGAAGGGCGAAAUUGUCUUUUUGAUCUUCCAGCAUAUCGUGUGGUGAUAAAAGUUUUUGUUGCUCUUAAUGACCUUUCGAGAGCUGUGAGAUAUUUUUCAAAGAUGAAGGAAGCUGGUUUUUCUCCUGGAUUUGAUAUUUACAUGGAUGUGAUAAAAAUUUAUGCAAUUCAUGGGAGAAUUGGUAAUUGUAAAGAGGUUUGUAAGGAGGCAGAGGUUGCUGGAUUUAAGAUGGAGGAACAAAUGAGGUCGAUGUUAAUGAAUAUAUAA